GAAAAAUUCGGAUACACCCAUAAAAAGCGAAUUCAGUAUAUACGAACACGAAAAAGUGUUACCACUCAUUUUACCUGUUCAUAAAGAACUCGAACAAGUUGAUUUCCAAGUGCAUCAUUGGCAGAUUGAUGACUGGACAUCACUCGACCAUCGUGCUCAUGGUCCUAUAUUUGAAGCAGCUGGACUUCAAUGGCGUGUCUUGUUAUUUCCCAAGGGCAAUAGUCAGCAUGACCAAGUCUCCAUCUAUCUAGAAGUCGUGAUGGAUAAUAAAGAAAAAAAAGAAUGGUCUGUUUGUGGUGAAUUCGCAGUGAUUAUAUCUAAUCCUGAUGAUCCUAAACACUUUUUUACCAACCGUAUAUGCACAUCAUCGAUUUUGUGGAGAAGAAAUAGAUUGGGGAUUUACUCGUUUUCAUGAUAUCAAGACUCUAGUAGGCGGAAAAGAUCCUUAUGUGAAUGAACUGCAUAAGACAACAAUAUCCAUCUUUUUACGUAUUGUCAAGGACGAAACGGGUGUUUUAUGGCAUAACUUGAUAAAUUAUGAUUCUCGUAAAGAGACAGGAUAUGUAGGUAUUCGAAAUCAAGGUGCUACAUGCUAUAUGAAUUCACUGAUCCAAUCUCUGUAUUUCACCAAUGUGUUUCGAAAAGCUGUGUAUCGUAUACCAACUGAAAAAGAAGACCCUACCAACAGUGUCGCAUUAGCCCUUCAACGAUGCUUUUAUAAUCUCCAAUUCUCAGAUGAAUCUGUAGGCACAACAGAAUUAACCAAGUCAUUUGGAUGGGAUUCAGCUGAUGCUUUUAUGCAACAUGAUGUUCAAGAAUUCAGUCGUGUACUGCAAGAUAAUCUCGAAUUAAAAAUGAAGGGAACAUUAGUCGAAGGUGCAGUAACUGAUAUUUUUAUGGGUAAAAUGAAGAGUUAUAUCAAGUGUCUUCAUGUAGACUAUGAAUCAUCUCGAGUUGAAGAUUUUUACGAUAUCCAACUGAAUGUCAAGGGAUGUGAUAGCUUACAUGACUCAUUUAAACGCUAUGUGGACCCUGAAAUACUAGAUGGAGAGAAUAAAUAUAUGGCAGAAGGACAUGGUCUACAAGAUGCUUGUAAAGGUGUCUCAUUUGAAAGCUUCCCUCCUGUACUUCACCUUCAACUCAAACGAUUUGAAUAUGAUAUGCAAAGGGAUACCAUGGUCAAAAUUAAUGAUUAUCAUAUCUUUCCAGAUCAAAUCAAUCUGAAUGAAUUCUGUUCUAUACCAAGUACAAAUCCAGCUGAACAUAACUACAUUCUACAUGGUGUACUUGUUCAUAGUGGUGAUAUUGAUAAUGGACAUUAUUUUGCUUUAUUAAAACCAGAAAAAGAUGGCAAAUGGUUUCGUUUUGAUGAUGAUCGUGUUACUCCUGUGACGCAAAGAGAAGUGUUUGAAGAUAACUAUGGUGAUAAUUCUACAAGUCAAAACGAUGAAAAGAUGCCUUAUACAAGUGUACAUACAUUAAAACGAUUCACAAAUGCAUAUAUGCUGGUCUAUUUUCAACAGUCAAGACUAGAUGACAUUCUGGCAACUGUAGAAGAGAAAGAGAUACCCAAGCAUUUAACACGGUCCCUUAAAGACAACGCAAAGGCAUUAAAAGAAGAUGUCUUGAAUAACCUUAUAUCACAACCACAACUCAAAGGAAACAAUUCACCACCUAAACAAAACCAUAUUCGAUUGAAAAAAGCAGCAGAAAAAGCAGACAAGAAAUGCUGUAUGAUGUAGACACAUAUUUUUUUCUUUUUUUUUUUUUUUU